AUGAACGUGUUGCAUGUGUGGCCCUUUGGCAUGCAUGAGCACUACAUCGCAAUGCAAGGCCUGUCACCUGCCACAUUGAUUGAUUUUUUGGAUUAUCUCUCCCCAGAACACGCUUGUGGCCUUCCCCAUGACACCCAGAAGUCUGACAUCUGGUCACUUGGUGUUACCAUUUUCGAGAUAUUGAGGGCGAGCAGUUUGCAAGCAAAGCCAACUUGGAGAAGUAAUACUAGGGCAGGACAAUGUGUGGAAAAUGGGCCAAUGGAGAAGCUCCCCAAGCGCAUGAUUGUUCCAAAUGCGGAUUUAAGGUGUACAGAUGUAUGUUGGCAGGCUGCAGGUCCAAUGGCAGUUCCAGACAAGCAUGUUCAUAACCUCACAAAUGUAUCAACAACUGUAAAUGUCAGUGGUAUAGCCAAUACCACAUCCUCAGCCAUAGGCAAGGCAGUAUGCAUGACCAUAUAUGGGAGUUGGAGCACAAAUGCAACCAAUGGAGACAAUGUUAAUGGUGAUGAUGAGAUGGAGUUGAGCAACAAAGAGGUGGAUUGUGCAAUUCAAAGGAAGGAGGCUCAGGAGCUGAAUGUAAUUUCACAAGUGAAAUGUGCCAGCAUGAAAGCUUCUAUUGACAAAGGUGUUCAGAUGUACAAGUCCUUGACACUUGACCAAAUCAUGAGUGGUCAUACAACACCUGUGUGGUGUGCUUCCCUGGAGCCUGUCGAAUUUGAGCAGCACUGCUCAGGUGAAGCUGGGAGAUUCAGCUAUGAGGAUAUUCACCCAGCAAAUUCUGCUGAGAAGGAAUGA